UGCAGGAGAAGCACCGCCCAGCAGGCUGCACGCAUCAGACCACCGCUCAGAGUUAUGCAGUCACACACUGGAAUUGUUACUAACGUUUGCGGCUACAGGGAUACAGGAGAGGAUCCGUCUCCUUUUGACGAGUUUCAAGGAUGCGAAAAAUCAGGAAAAGAGAUUUGUUGAUUGCUGGAGCUCUUGGUCUGUUGGUCCUCCAUCUCUGUAAGGAUUUUACUAACCUAAAGAACAUCAGCCUCCACAUAGAUAUGAGAGAUGAAGGCAGUCAGGUAACGCAAGCCACCACAAAGAAAUCCUAUGUAUACUCCUGGCCAAGAUGUCAACAAAAUAUGUCUGUUGACAAUGUCACAGGCUUCAGUCCUCUUCCUGGUGGUAUAAAAGACUUUCUCUACUAUCGACACUGCCGCCAUUUCCCCAUGCUACUGGACCUUCCUGACAAAUGUGGAGGAGCUGAUAAAUCUUCAGAAGUCUUCCUUCUACUGGUCAUUAAAAGUUCCCCUGAGAACUAUGAACGGCGAGAGGUGCUGCGCAAAACCUGGGCUAAGGAGAGGUUACACAAUGGUGUGUGGAUCCGGAGGAUCUUCAUCUCGGCAACAAUGCAUUCUGGUUUUGAAAAAGAACGACUAAACAAACUGCUUGAAGAAGAGCAACGCGAGAACAGUGACAUCCUCCAGUGGGACUUUGAUGAUACAUUCUACAACCUCACCUUGAAGCAGAUUGUUUUCCUAGAAUGGAUGGAAAGAAACUGUCCGAAAGCUCGCUUCUUGCUAAAUGGUGAUGAUGAUGUAUUCGCCAACACAGACAACAUGGUCGAGUAUCUCCAAUCGCUCAAGGACAAUGAUGGAAGCAAACACCUCUUUACCGGUCAUUUGAUCCAGAAUGUGGGGCCCAUUAGAUCAUCAGGGAGCAAGUAUUAUAUCCCAGUACAGGUGCAGGAGUCAGAUUCAUAUCCUCCUUACUGUGGUGGUGGGGGCUUCCUCCUGUCUGGCUAUACAGCUUUGGUCAUAUACAAUAUGUCCCAGUCCAUUACCAUUCUUCCCAUUGACGAUGUCUACAUGGGGAUGUGUCUGGCCAAAGCAGGACUCGGUCCUGUUUCCCAUAUUGGUGUGAAGACGGCAGGAUUAUACGUUCCCUCCAGAACACUAGAUGAAUAUGAUCCUUGCUAUUAUAAAGACAUUUUGUUGGUACACAGAUUCCUUCCAGCUCGCAUGUAUCUUAUGUGGCGCCGAAUACAUGACCCCAAUCUGAAAUGUGGCCAUUCAAAGGGAAAACUUUAGCAGCAUCUAAUUGUAACUUAUUGAUUGUGACAGUGCUUGUUGACACUUUGUUUCCCUUCUGCUUUUAGGGAGUGAGUGUCAGCAUGACUUACUUUAUUUGCAUCAUGGGAAAAGAUUUGAACUGUUUUUCUACUGUGACUAGGGCUGGGUGGCGGUCCAUGAUUCUGACUGACCAACAUGAAGUCAUGCUUCCUUAUUGACUUGACUUGACUUGACUUAUUGUUUGGUCAAAUAUUUUAAAUCAUGCUUAUGUUAAUUUUUAGAUUAUUUAUGAAAAGUCAUAGUUUGAAUGAUACCUUGCUUCAGGUGUAACUACUGCAGGGUUAUAAGAUAUAAUGUAGUUCCCAAAGUCUUACAAAAGAUAUUUAAAAUUCCUCAGCGUUUUCCUUCAUAUGUAUUCUUAUUUGUACAGCUUUCUUUUUUUCAGCAGAGCCUGUAUAUUUUUGGUAGAAUAAUACAUACAGAAAGAGAUUCAUGCUUUUGUGCCUCACAUUAAUGCUUCUCAGCCAGAACCAUUGUUAGAUGUUUCGCUGUGUUGACAGUGUCUUAUAAUUGGACUCAUAUAUAGGUUGAGUAUAUGCCAAGUUCAUUUCCCUUUUUAAAAAAAAAAAAAAAAAAAGUCUAUUAAAUAUAUACAGGAAUGUAUAAAUCUAUUUUAUUUUCAUAUUGUUAAGAGGGGUGUAACUAUUGUGCUAUUUUAUGAUUAAAGAGAUUUGAGAUUAAAUUGUGCACUGUACAGAACAAACAAAAAAAAAAAAAAAAAAGAUUGGUGUCUGUAUAGUGUCCAUGGACCUUUUCCGGGAAACACUUGAUGGGAAA